AUGUCCCGGGAAGAGUACACCCCACCAGACCUCACGGCCAAAACCAACAACAACCCCUCGACCUCCACCAACAAGAGACCCACUACCACCAACGCCUCUCCCUCCUCCUCCAGUACCGCCGCCGUCGCCGCCCCCUCCUCCCCCACCGCCCCACCCAAACCCCCCACAACAACCCUCCGCUCCAUCCUCGACCUAGGCAUCGACUUCUCCCGCGACGACCGCGGCGGCCGGCGCCUCCGUCUCAACGAAACCUACGACGCCUCCCGGCCGCAGUACUACCACACCAGCACGACGCGCGAGGACGAGUGGAAGAAAGUGCAGUGGGAGUGCGCCGAGUGCACGGCGACGUUCCGGUUUGGGCCGACGGAUUAUCUCCGGUGUCGCGAGUGUGGGGAGUGUUGUGCUUUUUGGAAGGUGAAGGAUUAUAAGCGGUGA